AAAUCCGCCUCAAUCACACACAAAUUUUGGUCAAAAUCCCCAAAUAGAGAAUUUUCCCGCUAGAUUUUGUGAAAAUUAGCAAAAGAAAACCCCUCCUCCAUUGUCGAUAGCUACAAAAGUCCAGGGUCCUGAAAUGUUAUCGCCGGGGAGAAAUUAGGGUUUCAUAUCGUCGUUCCGACGAAAGGGGGAAAUGGGUAUCCAAGGGCUUUUGCCGUUGCUGAAAUCGACAAUGGCUCCGAUCCAUAUCAAGGAGCUCGAGGGUUGUACCGUCGCUGUUGAUACAUAUUCAUGGCUACACAAAGGAGCUCUAUCUUGCAGCCGAGAGCUCUGCAAGGGUUUACCCACCACGAGGCAUAUUCAGUACUGUAUGCAUAGAGUGAAUUUACUCCGCCAUCAUGGAGUGAAGCCUGUUCUGGUAUUCGAUGGAGGUCCCCUACCGAUGAAACUAGAGCAAGAGAAUAAGCGUGCUAGGUCCAGAAAGGAAAAUCUUGCACGUGCACUGGAGCAUGAAGCAAAUGGAAAUUCCUCGGCUGCUUAUGAGUGCUAUCAAAAGGCUGUAGACAUUUCACCUUCUAUUGCACAUGAGCUGAUACAGGUUCUGAGGCAGGAGAAUGUCGAGUUCGUUGUUGCUCCUUACGAAGCCGAUGCACAGAUGACAUUCUUGGCUAUUACUAAGCAAAUUGAUGCGGUUAUCACUGAGGAUUCUGAUCUUAUUCCUUUUGGCUGCCCAAGAAUCAUUUUUAAAAUGGACAAAUUUGGUCAUGGUGUUGAGUUUCAAGCCUCCAAGCUACCCAAAAAUAAAGAGCUCAACCUUUCUGGAUUUUCAAGCCAGAUGCUUCUGGAGAUGUGCAUAUUGAGUGGCUGUGAUUAUUUGCAGUCACUUCCAGGAAUGGGACUCAAAAGAGCUCACACACUCAUUUCAAAGUUCAAGAGUUAUGACAGGGUAAUUAAGCACUUAAAGUACAGCACAGUUUCAGUUCCUCCUCUUUAUGAAGAGUCAUUCAAGAAAGCUAUGUUGACUUUCAAGCAUCAACGGGUCUAUGACCCAAAAACUGAAGAUAGUGUACACUUGUCUGACAUUUCUGAAGACCUUGCCGAUAAUUCAGAUUUUGUUGGCCCAUCGGUGCCACAACAUAUUGCUAAGGGUAUAGCACUGGGCCAGCUUGAUCCAUUCACACAGUUGCCGUUCCAGGCUGAGAGUGUUACUCCUAAAUUGGAUGUUGGUGAUACUCUCCGUCCUAAAAGUUUCAAACCUGAAACUCUGAAGAAAAAGCUUGAUUUACCAGUCCAGAAAAACCUACUCACCAAGUAUUUCUGCUUUGCAUCUCUCGAGGCAAAAAGAAAAUUCAAGGCUCCGAGGAUAUCACCAAUGUCUAUGACCCAAACAGAGGAGUCUCCAAGCACUCCUGAGGAUAAUACAACAGAUUUGGAUGCUCCUUCGAGUGACACAACAAAUGAAUCCCCGGUUUACAGUUUGGGUGAAGAUACUAGCAAAGCUACAGAGAAAAGAGAGUCACCCGAAGAUGAUGCAAUGGAAAGGAAGCAUAAGAAUUUUGAUCAUAACUACGUUGAACCGAAAGUGGAGAGGCCAAAGACAGAUAGUUUGAAGGUUGUAGUAAGAAGCAAGUAUUUCAAGCAGAAGCAGGGUGACAAAAGUCUUAAACAAUCGAUCCCAUGCCUCAAUGAUUGCUCUGUCAUGAAAGAAAUGGCUGAGAGAACAACAAAUAUCCACGAGAUAAACCAUCAGGUCGAUAAAGAAGAUCAGAACCCAUCUGUUGAGAUCCGUUCCCCCUUUAGUACUCCCGAGAAUAUUAUACCUCUCUCUUCCAUUGCUACUAAUAGUUUUCGUGGAGCUGCAACAGGGAAAAGGAAGCUUGACUCAGAUGAAAACCUUCAGAAGGAAAAUUUGAACCCCAAGCACAUGCGCAUGGAUGAAACUGAUCCUGCCUGUGAAGCUGUAAAUGCAGAAACAUCAUUUGAAACCGACGAUGUUGAGAAGUUUGGAUCCAACAUUUCACAUAUAGGUCAUUACUCAGAAAUAGCAGAGAAAUCAGUGGAAAGAUUUGUCUCAGCUAUAUCAUCUUUCAGAUAUUCUGGGUCUGGCUCUCGUGCAAGCGGCCUGCGUGCACCUCUCAAAGAUAUCCGCAACACUUGUCCGUCCAAAGGGGUAUCUCCUAAAGCAGACUUGAGCAAGUUUAGUUAUGUAUCAAGCAGCGCGACAAAGUCAAGGCGAUUGUGAGCUCAGUGUUGUACGUUAGCCACCUCUUUAGGGCAAAAUGUGAGAGAUUUUAUCAAGAAGCAAAGGCUUUCGCUGCGGAAACAACAUUUUGGUCGCAUUAUAUUGUUGUUGUUUUAAGUGUUGUAUUGUAUCUCAUAGCUUUUCACUGUGCAGAACAUUCUUGUUCAUAGGUUCUUUUACACAACAAUUUUGAUUCAUAAGUUGGGGAAAACAACUUUCAACUUGCCAUCAC